GCACUUUAAGAUUAUAUAUCUACUUCUGAUCCGCCCCUCUAUUCUACGUAUCUUUCCUACUUUUUAGUGAGAACCCCAAAAUUAUUUUUUUUUGGUCCUUUGUAAUUGUGUUCAACUCAGCCUUUUGCUCUAUUGUUUUUUGACACUUUUUGUGAACGACACAUACUUGCGGUAAAACACAUUCCGAGCAACUUUUUAAACAAUUUACUAAACAAAAGUUCUUCAUCCCAAUCUCGGACUAUAUAGAAAUGUCGGUUCAAUCCAUUGAAACUACGCCAUUCUUGGACCAAAAGCCAGGUACUUCUGGUCUUAGAAAAAAGGUCACUGUGUUCAAAUCGAAGCAUUACACCGAAAACUUCAUUCAAGCCAUUUUAGACGCCAUUCCAGAAGGCGCAAAGGAUGCAACUUUAGUGGUUGGAGGUGACGGUCGUUACUACAACGACGUGGUCAUCCAAUUGAUCGCAAAGAUUGCCGCCGGUAACGGGGUCAAGAAGUUGAUUGUUGGUCAGAACGGGAUUCUUUCCACCCCAGCAACUUCCCAUGUCAUUCGUAUCCUCAAGGCUACUGGUGGUAUCAUUCUUACUGCCUCCCACAACCCAGGUGGCCCUGAAAAUGAUCUUGGAAUCAAGUACAAUCUUGCCAACGGUGGCCCUGCUCCAGAACUGGUCACAGACAAGAUUUUUGAAAUCCUGAAGACUCUUACUUCAUAUAAACUUGUAGAUAUCCCUGCAAUUGACCUUUCAAAAAUUGGCCAAUCUACCGUAGGUGAUUUGCAAGUCGAAGUCAUUGACUCCACUGAACAUUACACAGCCAUGCUCAAGGAAAUCUUUGAUUUCCCCCUCAUUAAGGCAUUCCUUGAAACGAGAUCCAAGCAAGGAUUUAAGGUCCUUUUCGACGCCCUUAACGGGGUCACUGGUCCAUACGGAGAAGAAGUGUUCGUCAAGGAAUUGGGGCUUCCACUCUCAUCAAUCCAAAAUUACAAGCCAUUACCAGAUUUUGGUGGAUUACACCCGGACCCAAACUUGACCUAUGCAAAGACCCUUGUGGAUCGUGUGGAUAAAGAAAACAUCAACUUUGGUGCCGCAUCUGAUGGUGAUGGUGAUAGAAAUAUGAUUUAUGGGGCUGGAACUUUCGUCUCCCCCGGUGAUUCUGUGGCCAUUAUUGCCGAACAUGCCAAGUCCAUUCCUUAUUUCAGAAAUGGGGGUAUUCAUGGUCUUGCCAGAUCCAUGCCUACUUCUGGAGCAAUCGACCUUGUAGCGAAGGACCAAGGUCUUGAAGUAUACGAAGUUCCUACUGGUUGGAAGUUUUUCUGUUCUCUUUUCGAUGCCAAAAAAUUAUCCAUCUGUGGUGAAGAAUCUUUCGGUACUGGAUCUGAUCAUAUCAGAGAAAAAGAUGGGUUAUGGGCCAUUGUCGCAUGGCUUAACGUUUUGGCCGCAUUCGACCAAGAAAAUCCUUCUGAAGAAGUUCCUUCCAUUAAAAUCGUUCAAGAUAACUUCUGGGCCAAGUAUGGUAGAACUUUCUUUACCAGAUACGAUUAUGAAAAUGUCUCCAGUGAAGGCGCUAAUGAUCUUGUUUCACUUUUAUCUUCCUACGUGGACAGUGCUGAUUUUGUCGGUAAAGAAGUUGCACCUGGCUACAAGGUCACUGAAGCUGAUAACUUCUCAUACACUGAUCUUGAUGGAAGUGUAUCUUCUAAGCAAGGUUUGUUUGUCAAAUUUGCUAAUGGUUUAAGAAUUAUUGUCAGACUUUCUGGAACUGGCUCGUCUGGUGCUACAGUCAGAUUAUAUUUAGAAAAGCAUUCCUCCGAUCCAAAGACUUACCAACAAGAUGUCUCUGAUUAUCUUUCUGAAGACAUCAAGUUUGUAUUGAACUUGCUUCAAUUCCAAAAGUUUUUGGGUAAGGAAGUACCAGAUGUGAAGACUUAAUUGAAUUUACAUAACGAGAUAUAUUACUAUUUAAAAAUAUAUUACUAAGUAA